UCUCGGGGCAGUCUCCAGCACCUCCUAGCCAUGAAUAUCACAAUACCCCAGAGAUCACAGCUCCAAAGUUUCCUCACUCAUGAAGCUCCUGGACCCUUCUAUCUUCACUCAAAAGCCCGUCCUGUGUCCCACAAUGUCACCAGCGCCUGUCUGGACCUCAGCUUGGGAGGCAGAGCUGAAAGUGGUCCAGGAGGUUGGGCAGGAAAUCGGAAGGCAGGACUAAGAGAGUUUAUAUUCAGAGCACCAAUCAAAUUAAGCAAGCCCGGAGAACUUCGUGAGGAAUAUGAAUGCCUAAGAAAGCUGAGAGAAGAGAAGUUACAAGAAGAAAAAACUUGUGAAGAUCAGAUCCACAAGAUACUGCAGGAGGAUUCAGAAAUGGGGAAAAGAAAAACAGAUGAACAGAAAAAAAGAGAUGAGCCAGUAGUAGUGUUGAAAACAAGUCUGGAGCAGUGUCCUGCACGUCUCUCAGAUUCAGAGAAUGAAGAGCCUUCUCGGGGCCAAAUGAUCCAGACUCAUCGCUCGGCCUUUGUUUCCAAGAACAGCUCCUACUCCUUAGCUUUCCUGGCAGGGAAGCUAAACAGCAAGGUGCAACGGAGUCAGAGCUGCAGCGACACAGUCCAGGACAGAGUGAAGAGCAGGCUCAGAGCAGCUCCACCCAACAGAGCCAAGGUCACAACUAUAACUCCAGGCUCCACCCCCAUUAUUGGUGUUCUCUUGUCCACUCAAAACAACCGCUGCCUCUCAGCCCCUGACUUAACCAUAGAAAAGCGCCUGCCCUUCAGCUCCCUUUCGUCCUUGGCUUCCUUGCAUAAGCCAGAGCGCUCUAUCAGCCCUGAGAGCAACGACAGCAUCUCUGAAGAACUCAACCACUUCAAGCCCAUUGUCUGCUCGCCAUGCACCCCUCCCAAGAGACUCCCUGAUGGCCGAGUGCUAAGUCCACUCAUCAUCAAGUCAACACCUCGAAACCUGAACAGAAGCCUGCAAAAGCAGACUUCCUACGAGGCUAGUCCACGGAUCCUCAAGAAGUGGGAACAGAUCUUCCAGGAGCGGCAGAUCAAGAAGACGCUUUCCAAAGCCACUCUCACCUCCCUGGCCCCUGAAGGAGGGGAGGAGGUACCAGGCUCGGAAGCUAUCCAUUCCAGCAAGGAGAGGCCGCCUCUGGCUUUAAGUACAAGACUGUCCAGGGCCCGGAUGCUCUCAGAGUGUGCUGGGCCCACCUCCACUGCCCUUGAGUAUUUCCCUUCUGUUAACCAGACAAGAGUAGAUCAGGACUGUGUUAGAAAAAGGAGCCAUGAGGUUCCACUGGAGACCUGCCAUUCCUCAGAGUACAGAGGAGUAGCCAGUGGGCCUUCUUUGGAAGGGGAGCAGUUUGAGGAGUCAAGGUCCACCCUAGAUGCCACAUUAGACAAAACUUGCAUAAGCACAGUCAUGAAGACCUCGGCAGUUAAUUCAGUGCUGCCUAAGAGUGAUGUUUUGGGUGGGGUCUUUAAAACAAAGAAACAGCUGAAGACACUCAGUCAUUUAGAUCUGGCUAAUGGCAUUCUGAUCGACAGCCUAGGAGAGGAGCCAAUUCCUUCCCUGCGUAGGGGCCGGAAAAGGCGCUGUAAGACCAAGCACUUGGAACAAAAUGGUGUUAAGAAACUGCGACCACCCAGCAGUGACAUGGGCCUGGCCCCCAAAGAGUCAGGGCUGCGUGAGGUGGGGCAGAAAUGGCAGGAGGAGGAAGAGGACCAGCCGAUGGCUCUGCAGUCACAGCGCACAUUUGACAGUGAGAGGCGGACUGUGAGCCGGCGGAAAGGCAACGUGGAUCAGUAUCUCUUACGGUCCAGCAGCCUGGCUGGAGCCAAGUAGCACUUACUGUACAGUGUGGUGUUACCUGCUUUGCCGAGGUCCUUGGCCUCAGUCAUUUAUCCAAAAGAGCUAGCUGAAUGUUCUCACUUUGAGUUUCUUUCAAUGGCAAAACACUGUCUAAUAUGAUUCUGAGAGGCUUCAGAGCCUUGGCAAUCAAAGCCAAGGGUCUGCAUAUUUGGCUCUCUAGGAUCUGGGCCAUACUCCUCACCCCCUGAGUGAGCCAACUCUGAAGGCUUCUGGGCCCAAAUCUGGCAGCACCUACUUGGAAUGAGAUUGGGAUUGGCCUCAUUCAUGAACAUGAUGGCCAGAGUUAGAGAUGGCAGGGAGACGGUACCUUCUCACACUCAUAAGAACCCUGGCUUCUUACAACAGAGCAGUGUUUAAGUCAGCCUUGCAGACAGACAUUCAUUCUUCAGAGACAAACAGUGCAGUGCUGUGGAAGACCUGAGGCAACCUGCUGUAGCUCCUUGUGGUCUGGUGGUUGUGACUUACUCAACCUGUUUACAUUAGGAUCGGAGAAGGGGCCUUGCAUCCUGGUGGACUGCCACUGCUGUCUGUACCCCCUUGACUCAUAAAGAGCCUUUUGGCAGAGGACUUGGGACAAGGUAUGCUCUGUCAAGGGAUGCUUUUACCACAGUGAAAUGGUGUGGAAUCAAGUGGGAUAAUGUGUGAUUAAAACAGUACCAAAGUGCAUUCUUCAAUGUGUGUAUGUGCCUGUUCCAGGCGAGGCCCAAGUUGAAAAUGCAGUAAAGCAGACUCCUGAAAGCAAA